GACUGUUUACUACAUGAGACAGUCUGCAGCGCUGUCUUCUGCACUGGCUCCGCUCUUCGUCUUAAAAACACUCGUCUUUGUAUGAUAAUAAGCUUAUUGUCAGUCAGACUGAAGGCUGUCUGCAGGAGCGUCUCUGGAGUCACGUGCUGUCAACACCUCCGUGGAUUUGCUGACAAACUCAUUCUCAUUUCCUCUUCUUGACGGGACAGUCACGCGUCAUCUCGGAGCUCACGAGAUGAACUUCGUUGUUAUGAUUAGAAACUAAAACUCCACAGUCCACUCAGUUUGACAGACGACAGUAGAGAUGAGGCCCGGGACAUUUGGGCGUUUGGAUGGGAUUUGGAUUGUGGCUGUCUGCAUCUUGACGCUCUGUCUAGGAUCUCUACACGCCAUGGCGCUCAAAUCUAAACUUUUAACAAGGUUUGGAGGGCAGACUAACACCAAAGAUAGCCAAAUAAGCUAUAAAACUCUGUACAUUGACCAAAAGAUUGAUCAUUUUGGAUUUCAUGAAGAUGGCACUUUUAAACAGCGCUACCUCCUUUCUGACAAGUACUGGCACCAACCUGGAGGUCCUAUUUUGUUCUACACUGGGAACGAAGGCGACAUCACCUGGUUCUGCAACAACACCGGAUUCAUGUGGGAGGUUGCAAAGGAGUUGGGCGCCAUGCUGAUUUUUGCAGAACAUCGUUACUAUGGAGAAUCUAUGCCAUUUGGGGAGGCUUCAUACAGUGACAGCAAACAUCUGAACUACUUGACCUCAGAGCAGGCACUGGCAGAUUUUGCAGUUUUGAUUAAAAACUUAAAAAGCACUAUACCCGGAGCCCAACAAAGUCCUGUUAUUGCAAUUGGAGGUUCUUAUGGAGGGAUGCUCGCGGCCUGGUUUAGAAUGAAAUACCCAAAUAUAGUCGUCGGAGCUCUGGCAGCCUCAGCUCCAAUAUGGCAGUUCCCUGGUUUGGUGCCAUGUGGAGCCUUCCACAAAACAGUAACUCAGGACUUUGCCAAAAGUGGCUAUAACUGUGAAGUGAACAUCAGAAAAUCAUGGUCGGCCAUAAAUAAUAUUUCUUCUACUGCAUCUGGUCUCGAGUGGCUGUCAGUGGAAUUUAGUCUCUGUGAUUCUCUCAAAAACAAAAAUGAUGUGGUGAGUUUCAAAAACUGGCUCCAGGAAACGUGGGUGAACCUGGCCAUGGUGGACUAUCCGUAUGAAGCCAACUUCCUCCAGCCACUCCCACGAUGGCCAAUCCAGGUUGUGUGCAAAUAUCUCUCUAUGGAUUCCACGGCAUCAGAGAAACGUCUGCUGAGCGGUGUUUCUCAAGCAGCAAAAGUGUACUAUAACUACACUGGAAGCUCCUCCUGUCUCAACAUCUCUCAGACAGCGACAGGCAGCCUUGGCGUUUUGGGUUGGUUCUAUCAGGCCUGUACAGAGAUGGUGAUGCCCAUGUGCACAGACGGAGUGAAUGACAUGUUUGAACCAGAAGAGUGGAACUUCCAGGCUUUUUCAGACGAGUGUAAAUCCAUGUUUGGAGUGAGGCCUCGAGCAGACUGGGCAGAAGUAGUUUAUGGAGGCAAAGACAUCAGCGCACAUAGCAACAUCAUUUUCAGUAACGGAGGCCUGGAUCCGUGGUCGGCUGGAGGAGUGACGCACAACAUUUCAGAGUCUCUGGUUUCCAUUCUGAUUCCUGACGGAGCGCACCACUUGGACUUGCGCUAUAGCAACAAUCUCGACCCCCCCACGGUGAGAGUGGCCCGAGCUUUAGAAAUCAAGUACUUUAAAGAGUGGAUCAAGAAGCAGAAAAGAGCUCACCGAUCCCACUUAAACUCUAGACUCUAACAGCACAAAGCAUCAUGGGAAAUAACCGAUGAUGCCAGUUAAGUUUUUGUAUUUUUGACAGUGACACUGUACUGUUUCUGCUUUAGCCAAAGAUGUAGUUUUUUAUUUUUUUUAUUUUUUUGUUUCUAGACAUGCUUACAAAUAUAUUCUCUCAUUGCCAUUUCUAAAUCCUUCAGAAUCAGGUAAUAUUUAGCUGUUCAAUCAACACUUUUUGCCUUUGUUUUAUGUUGGAUGUUUACACAACUUAUUAUAAAAUCAGCAAGACUACAUUGGCAACCUGACGAUCACUUUUUGUGUGAUCUAAAAGCAUUUUCUGUGAACCAAAGAUAAAAUAGGAGUGUGAAAUAUUGUGGUUAUGUGUAUGCAAUAUAGAUUAGAUUCAACAAAAUUAUGCAAAAUGUCUCUACCUCAAAUUACUGCUCUCGACUCAGACUUGUUUUUGCUACUACUGAAGAGAAUGUCUUUCGCACAAUGUGUCAUAAUUUGUUACCUUUUCCAAUAAAGCUUUUUAAAAU